AUGAAGAUGGAGUGCAUACUAAAUGGUGCUUUCCACACGAGUCGAGUUCAUGCGCAUAUCAGGAUUCUUUGGUGCUGGCAUAUCAGGAUUGUGCUUGAAGAGAAAAGUAAUCUUUCAUUAUACUUGAAGAACGGCGGAAGCGUCUUCAUUAUACUUGAAGAGAAAAAUUAUGACCGUAGUUUCGUAUUUACUUAUUUAUUUGUAUAACGUUGUAUACAGUGAAAUUUGAAUUUUUUAAUCAGUUUGUUGCACCAUCGGUUGUAUAGCUCUGGGAGCACGAACAGGCCCAAAGGUUUUACACAACAUGAAGAUCUAUGACGGAGUUUUCGUAAUACCUUCCUACUUGGAGGAUUUCCCUUACUUUGUUCAACUAGCUAGAGAAUCUUAUCAUUUCCUAGAGUAGUAGUCCUAGUUGUAGUGUAAGGAACGAAGAUACAAUAAUCUUCAAUAUGAGUAGUUCGAAUUUGACGAGUGCAAUACGUUCUUGAAGUAAUAUUAUCCAUCUAGUAGUUCAAUCAAUGACUGCUAUCGCUAUCGCUAUGAGUCAGAGCCUGACUGAAACUUGUACUUUUCCUUCGCUCCACCAGCGGGGGUCAUCUGCCUCGGGUUUGGCGCUCCUGGCGGUCAAGUAAGGUGCUGGGUUUCUGGUUUCGUUGUAAAAACAUCAUGAUCUUCAUCGAUCUGGCUAUUAUUUCCUUGAUAACAACUUGCUCGCUAUUAUUUCCUUGAUAACAACUUGCUCUGGUAAGUGUGCAGAUCAUGAUAAAGAAAGUGCAGAGCUUUGCUUCG